AAUCCCAAAGAAAGGCCACAAAUAAACUAUAAAUUACCGUAAUCGGUAAAGGAUAAAUCUAAUUAUAUGGAAAGGGUAAGGAACAAACUCAAAUUGGUCUACCAAUAUGAGAAAGAAGGACGAUCGUGCUGUCAAGUGACAUUUGCCGCGAAAUGGAAGAAGAAGAAGAAGAAGAGGCAGCACAGGAGGAAAAGAUCUGUUGUUGUUGAUAUUCUUCAGCGACGAAGUAAAUAGACACAAGAGGAUAUUUUUUCCUCCAUUUUGCCAGCUUAUCUUAUCAAGAUUCCUUCACAAAUGACGAGAUGUUUUCUCCUUCGUCAAGACUGUGUAUGGUAGACAAGUUGAUGGAAUUGAAGAAAUCACCAGGGAUUGCUCUUUUGCAAUGUAAUAACUGGACAUGAAGAGGUUGGAAGUGUGGUAAAGAUACUGAUACAGUGGACUUCUGUAAAAUUUAUUGUUGUCUAGACAGUCAGUCUCUGCAAAUUUCUCAUCAACGUAGCCUCACAUACAUAGAACAAUGUCUAAGAUAAAUAGUAAGACCAGUGCAGUUCCUGCAAAGGAUGUCAAAGUGCCAGAAAUUGUUUCUGACCGAAAGGUUUUUCUUUGGAAUGGUAAAGCAACUGAUAAUCAGAAUCGAGAACACCCAUGGUACCUUUUCCCCGAGAAGGACAUAGAUGAUUUGAGUUUUGGUAGUGAUUCUGAUUCAUUCAGUACAUCAGAGGAUGAAGGAAAUGCAACUGGGGAUAAAAUUGGGGUCAUAAAACAGGAAGAUGGUCUUAGUGAAAGUCUUUCAGCUGCAGAGGGUGAUAAAAAACCUCAUAGUUGCACAGUGUGUGGGAAAGAGUAUAAAAAGAAAGGUCACCUAGAACGUCACAGUUUGAGACAUUCUGAAGGGAAUAAUAGUAGCAUAUCAAAACUUCAUAAAUGCCAGCAUUGUGAUUAUCAGGCUUCCCGCAUUGGAAAUAUUAAGAAGCAUAUGUUAAUUCAUUCGGGCGAACGUCCUUUUAAUUGCCAUCUUUGUGAAAAGUCCUUCAGACAAAAAGCUCAUUUGAAAGAUCACAUGCGAUCUCACUCGGGGGAGCGAGAAUUUGAAUGUGAUGAUUGUGGGGCCACCUUUGUACAGAAGUCAUCUUUGAAAUUACACGAGAAGAAACACACUGGUAUACGGCCUUAUUCUUGUCAUAUUUGUGAGCGUUCAUUUUUUGAAAAUCAGCAUCUUACAAACCACAUGAGAACACAUACAGGGGAAAAGCCCUAUCAGUGUGAAACUUGUGGGCAAACUUUUUCAACUUUUAGAACUCUCAAGACUCAUCGGAUGAUUCACACAGGAGAGAGGCCUUACAAAUGCGAGAUAUGUGGAGUGAGUUUUCGAGAGAAAUCAACAUUACAGAAACACAAAGGUGUCCAUAUUAACAUUGGCCCAUUCCCGUGUACUGAAUGUGGGAAAGAGUUUUCACGGUUGGCUAGUUUAUCAUUACAUAAGAAAAUUCACCUUCCAGUUGGUGGUAAUGUGCCGUUACAGUCUGGAACAUCCAACCGUAACUAUAACGUCAGACCCAAAACAGAGAGUUUUGAUGAGAAAAAUGAAAAAGCAGGAGGAGGAAAGGGAAAUUCACAUAGUAGUAAGCAUAAAGCACAGACUGCACAGCCAAACAGUCCUUGCACAGUUGAUUCUGUCGUGACUGCCACAACAUCGUCUAAGCGUGCCGAAGCGAAGUCCACCAACAGAAAUUUAUUUUCAACUUUAGAAUCUGAAGGGGAAAUCAGAGUGAAUGCAGAUUUCCAUAACUCAGCUUCAAGUAAAGUUGUUAAGAAUACAAUUGGUUCUGGAAGCUCCAAAAAAAGUGCAGUCUCAGAAAACAUUCAGAAACCUUCAGAGAAUGUUACACCAUCACUGGGAAACAUAGCUCAUCCGGACCAUGUUCGACAAGCUUUGGAAUUUGGAACUGUUGUGAAGACUAAGGAUGAGGAUGGUAAUGAACUUAUUAUUGUUUUACCUGCUAUUCUGAGUAACCGGGACAUCAUCCUUACGUCCCCCAAAACUGAAACCGUCGUGCCUCUUAAAAACAGGCCGUCUUCACAGAAGCUGACAGAACAACUCCUCCCAAAAGCUGCUGGGAAUGGGAUCUCAGUGUCAACCAAAGCCAUUCAUAAAUUCCCUAAAGAUGAGGCAGAGAGUCAAGAAACCGAUUGUGAGCUAGAGCUAGAUGGAGCUGGACACUCCAGUGAACAUUCUUCAGAUGAAGGUAAUUUAGACAUUGAAAUAUUUACUUCCACUUCAGUUGAUGAAGAUCCACUUGCUGUCAAGGAAGGGGGUUUUGGGGGGAGAAUAAUACAGGAAGACAUUCAUUCAGAAAGCACUGGUCUUCUUCUUUGGGAUGAAGAUGUGGAUCCUGAUCCUGUCAGUGAAGUUACGUAUGUGAUAGAAGAGGGUCAGAAUGAUCCAGUUUCUAUUUUUCAGUCAAUGAAUCAUUCUGAAGGUGUGAAAGUAAUUCCACUAAAUCCAAAGGGGAAAAGUGUGAGAACGACUGGUAAUGACAGUGACAACGUUGGGACCGAACUAAUUCCGGGUGCCUCUCCAAGAAGGCGAAAAAGAGGUAUUUCUCACGAAGAGAAAAGAAAGCUUCCUCGAAGACUGAAAGAAAGAAAAGAAAAAUCCAAGCAAAUUCGUGAAUGUAAACAAUGUGGAAAGAUUUGCAAGAGUUCAUCUAACCUCAUUUCCCACAUGCGCACUCACUCGGGCGAGAGACCGUAUUACUGUGAUGUUUGUGGUGUGGGUUUUAAGCAGAUUGCUCACCUAAGGUCUCACGUAAGGAUCCACACCGGGGAGAAGCCGUAUGUUUGCAAUCUCUGCGGUGCAGCAUUUACCCAGUCAUCUCGACUAAACUCUCACAAGAAGAGUCAACAUAUAGAAGGCAGAAAACCCAAGGAAAAAGCAGUCAGGGAAUGCAAGAUAAGAAAUUUUUAUUGUCCCAUUUGUGAAAAGACAUUUUUAGAUGAGUGCUUCAAGAGAGAGCAUAUGGAGCAGCAUCGGACAUUAGCUGACACAGGCCUUAUAAAGACUGAUAAAAAAGUUGCAGAGUUCCAGUGCGAUGUGUGUGGAAUAGUAUACAGUAAUAAAGCUACAUUCAACAAGCACAAAUUGCAGCAUUCAGAUAACAAACUGAUAUGUGAAGUGUGCGGAUGCUCAUUUGGCAACAUAUCUGCCUUGCAAAGUCACAGCAUGAUUGUGCAUCAUGUAAAAGUAGAAACAGACAACACCCCUGGUAUGUAUAUUAAUGUUAAAAUAGGAAAAGAGCAGGAUUUUAUAGUUGUCAACCCUUCAGUGAAGAGCAUUUUGCAUGGAAGCAAUGCUAGCAAUUCUGAAGGAGAGAGGGUGACAAAGUUUGAUGAUGAUAUGGAGGCGAACCCAAAAAUACCAAUUAUUCAGUUAACAGAGACUUUGGACGGCCAAGUUGAGAGUAAAAUCGUGGGUGAUUCAGUAACGAGCAACGACGAAUUCGACAAUAUGAAAGUGGUUCAUGUCAACAAAGGAAUAAAGGAUGAACCGUUAACAGCAGUUGAUUCUGAUUCCUUUGAUUUGACAAAAGUCAAUGAGUAUUUGGAAAAGUCUGGUGACUUAAAACUUCCUACCCCUAGUGAUUACUUAACUGAAGAGAGCCUGCUCGAAUUGAAAGCUUCUCCCAAUAAGAAGCCUAGGUUGAAAUUUGAUUACAUAAAUUCUGAAGGGAAGAAAGUCUGGAAAUGUACAUUAUGUCCCAAAGUAUUCUAUCAGUCUUCUAACCUUCAUUGUCACAUGAGGUUACACACUGGUGAGAAACCAUACAAAUGUAAUGUGUGUCCUAAGGCCUUUAAGCAGAUUACCCAUCUUAAGGAACACAUGCAUAAGCAUACAGGGAUGAAGAGUUUUGGUUGCACAACGUGCGGAGCCCAUUUUACGCAGAGAGGAGCUGUGAAACGACACAUCAGUGUCAUUCAUGACGGGAAAGGAGACAUUGAAAGGGUGAAAAGCUUUUCUGCGAGAAAGAAAAACUUGGGGAAGACUGCGUGUUUGUUUAUUCGCACAAGGUCCACGAAGCUGAAAGAAGAAGUGCACCCCUCAACGCCAAAAUCAGAAAAGUGUGACGUGUGUGGAAAGGAAUAUACCUUGAGUUACAUGAAGAGCCACAAGAGGUGUCAUACCGGUGAGAAACCAUUCAAGUGCAAACACUGCAAAGUGUCUUUUAGACAGAAGUCUCAUUUGAAGUCCCAUCUUGUUUGCCACACAGGUAAAAGGCCUUUUGUGUGUAGUCUGUGUGGGACCUCAUACAUGCAGUUAGUGAGACUGAGAAAGCAUAAAGAGUCUUGUAGUGGGAAGGGAGUCCUUUAUUGUAAGAAGCAAACAUCAAGAAAAAUAGAAGGGAAAGAAAAUGUUAAACGUGUCCAUUUUGAGUUACAAAGUAUUCACCAGGCUGAUGCUGAGAAUGAAAGUGGAACAUCCAAAAGACCGUCUUCUGCAGAAGUUCCUCCACAUGAAAAUGAAGAUACUACUUCCGUUUUGUUUAGCGACAGUGAACUUUCUUAUGACAGUGAUGCUAUACCGUAUGAAGAUGAAAGUGAUGGAGAAAUUGUCAUCUCUAGGAAACUUGGAAGGAAAGAAACACAAAAAACAGAAGAAGGAGAAUUUCCAUCAGUUGAGAGUGACAAAACUGACAAGAUUUCAAAGAACUCCAAGGAGCAUUGUGAGAACAAUUGCGAAAAUUCUGACUUGGGCAUUGUGUGCAAACUUUGUGGCGCAAAUUUCAGGAGGAAAUCUGCAUAUAAUUUUCAUUAUAAGAUGAAACAUGCAAGUGGUAAUGAGGAUAUGAGUGAAGAUGAUGGUGACGAUGAAACUAGGUCCAUUUUUCGUAAGGACGUAGGGGCUCAAAGCCUUUCAAAAUCAGUUUCUAGUGUGAAUAAAUUUAUGAUGAGUGUAAUUGACAUAACAGGGUUUAAAAAAGGAAAAGUUCCCAGGGAAUUUAAAAAUAAGAGAAAUAGGAGCCAACAAAAAGAGCACCUUACAUUAAAUAAAAAAAGUGUGAAAGUGGGCCGUGUCCAAAAAGGAAAAAAUUUAGACAGUCAUAGCCCUAAUGUGUUGGAAGCACUAGGCUCCAAAAGCAAUGGUAAAUCAAAGUUUUUGUGUGCUGUUUGCAAUCUGUCCUUUGGGGAGUCGUCAUUAUUAAAGUCACACAUCAAUUGUGAGCAUUCGGUUGCAAGCAAAGGGGAUGCAUUUGAAGGAGCAACCGGAGGGCGACAUAAGCAAGAUAGUGGUUCUCCAGCCAAAGUGAACUUUCUUGGUGCUUUGGAACUCUCAGAUAAUUGUGAAAAUAUGUCAUAUCAGAGGAAUCCUAUCACUUCAGCUACCAGUGCUUCAAGUCUAACUGGGGAAGAAAGGGAACCUCCUUAUAUUUGUGAUGACUGUGGAAAAGCAUUUACUCGUUCGUCAAAACUGAAACACCACGUUUCAAUGUGGUGCAAAGGUCAAAAUUCAAAGUCUUCAACGCGUCAAAAUUCAAAGUCUUCAACGCAAGUUCCUGUGACAUCAAAACCGACCGGAAAACAUAAAACUUUAAGUAAGCCGAGGGUUUUGGGACAAAACGAGAAAGAAAAGAAUGAAGCAAACAGUGCCGAAAAUAAUGAUAAUUCUGUGAAAAGUGAUGAUGUGCCUGACCCACUGAAUUUUGUUGAAACUGUGAUAUGUAAUAGUAGUAUAAGCGAGGUACAAAAACAACAAAAAGACAAUGCUGACCAGAUUGUUGAUUUAGAAAACCCAUCUGUGGUUGACUGUGGGAAAUUAGGAAUUUCUUGUACAGAUCAAGUGACUGAAGGUUUCAGGUGCAGCAAAUGUAAAUCAAUAUUUAAAUACAAAUUGAACUUGGUAGCUCACCUAAAGAGACACAAAAGUGAGAAUCUUUCCUCUUGUUGAGGCUGCUUGUAGAUACUUUCAUGUUUAUUCCUUAAAACUUUUGUUCAUAACUAUGGAUAAUACUGUAUUUGUUCUUGUAAAAUAUCCUUUGUAAAUACUUUUCUGCAAUUGCCUUUAAAUAUAUUUAUUAUUUA